CUCGAUCUCUACCGUCCACGCGUGGAUUAUUCGCGGCUAAUAAACGAACAGAGUCACGCUCCCCAACCACUAUAUAUACACCAACACACCCUCUGUUUUCUCUCGUAGAAAUCCGGUCCCGUUUGAGAGCCACUGCUUUUGCCUUACUAAGAGAUUGAAGAGCUUUUCUUGGUUGUUCAAAGUUUCAAUCAGACAAAGUACAUGGUUGAACUAGACGUCCAGAUCCCCUCUGCUUUCGACCCAUUUGCUGACGCCGAGAACUUGGAUGCCACCGGAGCCAAAGAGUAUGUGCACAUCCGCAUCCAGCAGAGGAAUGGGAAGAAGUGCCUAACCACAGUGCAAGGCCUCAAGGGGAACUUCAGCUACGACAAGAUCCUCAAGGACGUUAAGAAACAGUUCUGCUGCAAUGGGAAUGUGGUGCAGGACAAGGUGAUGGGAAAGAUCAUCCAGCUCCAAGGGGAUCAACGCAAGAACGUGUCUCAUUUUCUUGUGCAGGCUGGGAUUGUGAAGAAGGAGCAGAUCAAGAUACAUGGUUUUUAAGGAAUUGGGUGCUGCUAUAUAUAUGUAUUUUGUAAUUGGUGCCUGUGGGAUUGUCAGCUGAGAUAUUAUUCUGGCAACCUUUAUAUAUAUGUAUGUGGGGUUUAUAGACCCGAUUAAGCUUUUGUGUCUGGGCUGCUUUUUUGGUUUCAGUUGAUGGGGAUUUCAGUGGAUUGUGAUGAAGUUCCACCAUUAAUAAUACUGGAUUCUAUUCCUUUGGAAA